AACACGUGUCCACUCUACCAGUUAACGCAUGGGCCAUGGAUAGAUAGUGUACUCGAUCAGGGCCUAAACUCCACACCACGGGUUAGGCCACACCCCCUCUGUUAGGAGGGAGGAGAAGUGAAGUCGCUCCGGGCCAAUCACUGGAGGCCCUCCAGGACCGAGGAGGGACGCGGUGGUACUUAUUGGUACUACAUGUGACACGGGGACGGAUUCGGGUCAAUGGAGACUUUACAACCCAUAACAAUUCACUUUAGCAUCAUUUUGUAACUGAGGACAUGAAGUGUUAUGGUACAGCUGUAGAAUGGUACUGGCGCCGUGUGUGUAGUGAGCUCUGGUAGCCAGAUUCAGUGUAGCAGUAUUAGUUGCCACCUUCUGCUGAAAGCACGUGUCAAAUCAUUUUUACUCAAUGAAAAUUUAUUGACGAUGGAUGGGAACCUCCGGUAAUGGACGAGCUCACUGCUAUUUAUGGUAGGACUACCUGUAGAGCUCUAGUAUUCGAUAUUCUAUAGGAUAGCAGAUGAAUGCCUUUCUAGCGGGUAUGGCGCUAGAGUGAAGAAACCAAAACAAAUCAAAAGAUGCAUUGUGGUCCCAAAGCUCUCACGAUAGUGUCUUUUACCAUGGGCGCGGUUGCCCUGGUGACACUAGUACUUUCUGUGUCCACGGACGCCUGGCUCUUCACUGUGGAACCUGUUACCGCUCAUUUAGACAACCAAACGUUUGUGAUCAACAUGAACGUCCGGUCAGGACUCUGGAGAGUGUGUACCAUUGCAGAGGACGACAGCAGUGGUACCCCGUGUUUAACUGUGAGCUACUUUGGGGACCCGGGACGUAUCGAGGGACAAGAAACAUCGUUCGCUAUCAUAAAGUCCAACAGAGUAGCAGCCAUGAUACCGGUGAUAUCAUUGAUUCUCCUCACCAUAGCAGCGGUCCUCAGUGUGCUAGGAAACCUUCGACAGGACAUCAAGACGCUCAUCUCCGCUGUCAUCUACAUCCUAGCGGGUUUAAGUCUAGCCGUGGGCCUGAUUCUGUACAUUUCUGUCAUCAACGAUGAGGUAGGCCACCGAAUGAAGGAAAAGGACAAAGAUGAGGGUUCCUUUAGUUACACGUACGGAUGGUCGUUUUACUUCGCCGGCACCGCCUUCCUGUGUGCAAUGCUAUCAGCGGUCAUCCAUGUGUCUCUUUAUCUCCAGAGAAAUUCGCGAAAGGAGGAGAUGGUACGGGUCAUCCCAGGGCUUGACGAACUCCUGGAAAGCGACACGGGUACUGCUAAUCCUACUGUCAUCAUCUGAUGUAGAAAGCUUGUUUGUAUCCUAUCCAUAUGCAGAUGUUCUAAAUAAGAUCCAGUUUGUUACAAACAUACCUAUUGGGUGAACUAUACGUAUAUAUAUGUUAAAUGCACCAAUGUUUCCUGGCGUCGGCGUCGAAAAUAUGUGGGGUUUUUUCUCGAAUGAAAAACGAUGAUGUGUUUCUUUUGAUCUGUCAUCAAUUUAGAUAUGAAAAGAUAAACUAUUCACACACACAUAUAUAUAUAUAUAUAUAUAGGUACGUUGUCACACGACAGGAUACAUCGAAAUGAUAAUGUGUACAAAACAGUCUUUCAAUAUACAGACUCUUCUCUGGACCAAACGCCGAAAAACAUUGACAAUUGCCAACACAGGUUCUGAAAACGUCUUCCACUAGUUCAACUUAUAAUUUUUUAUCAUUGCACAAGUGCGUAUGUGUGUUCUGACAAAUCAGCAAUGGCCUAACCAAAGAGGCAGAGACAGUCAAUCUAUAUCGAGGCUGUGAAAGUUCCAUCCAUAGCGAGGCUGAGACAGUUCCAUUGGCUUGCUGUAUGCUAUUCAUGUGUGAUUAUGUCAACGACAACUUAACGUUGUCGACAUGUGUCCAUGACUUCCACGGUAACUUUACGUGGUCGACAUGUGUACAUGGUCUCCAAGGUAACUUGACGUGGUCGACAUGUGUCCAUGACUUCCAAGGUAACUUGACGUGGUCGACAUGUGUACAUGGUCUCCAAGGUAACUUGACGUGGUCGACAUGUGUACAUGGUCUCCAAGGUAACUUGACGUGGUCGACAUGUGUCCAAGGUCUCCAAGGUAACUUGACGUGGUCGACAUGUGUACAUGGUCUCCACGGUAACUUGACGUGGUCGACAUGUGUACAUGGUCUCCACGGUAACUUGACGUGGUCGACAUGUGUACAUGGUCUCCAAGGUAACUUGACGUGGUCGACAUGUGUACAUGGUCUCCACGGUAACUUGACGUGGUCGACAUGUGUCCAUGACUUCCAAGGUAACUUGACGUGGUCGACAUGUGUACAUGGUCUCCAAGGUAACUUGACGUGGUCGACAUGUGUCCAAGGUCUCCAAGGUAACUUGACGUGGUCGACAUGUGUCCAUGACUUCCAAGGUAACUUUUCGUGGUCGACAUGUGUACAUGGUCUCCACGGUAACUUGACGUGGUCGACAUUUGUCCAUGACUUCCAAGGUAACUUUUCGUGGUCGACAUGUGUCCAUGACUUCCAAGGUAACUUUUCGUGGUCGACAUGUGUCCAUGACUUCCAAGGUAACUUGACGUGGUCGACAUGUGUACAUGACUUCCAAGGUAACUUUUCGUGGUCGACAUGUGUCCAUGGUCUCCACGGUAACUUGACGUGGUCGACAUGUGUACAUGACUUCCAAGGUAACUUUUCGUGGUCGACAUGUGUCCAUACUGUCCACGUAACUUGACGUGGUCGACAUGUGUCCAUGACUUCCAAGGUAACUUUUCGUGGUCGACAUGUGUCCAUGACUUCCAAGGUAACUUGACGUGGUCGACAUGUGUACAUGACUUCCAAGGUAACUUUUCGUGGUCGACAUGUGUCCAUGGUCUCCACGGUAACUUGACGUGGUCGACAUGUGUACAUGACUUCCAAGGUAACUUUUCGUGGUCGACAUGUGUCCAUGGUCUCCACGGUAACUUGACGUGGUCGACAUGUGUCCAUGGUCUCCACGGUAACUUGACGUGGUCGACAUGUGUCCAUGACUUCCAAGGUAACUUUUCGUGGUCGACAUGUGUCCAUAACUUCCAAGGUAACUUGACGUGGUCGACAUGUGUACAUGGUCUCCACGGUAACUUGACGUGGUCGACAUUUGUCCAUGACUUCCAAGGUAACUUUUCGUGGUCGACAUGUGUACAUGGUCUCCACGGUAACUUGACGUGGUCGACAUGUGUCCAUACUGUCCACGUAACUUGACGUGGUCGACAUGCGUCCAUGACUUCCAAGGUAACUUGACGUGGUCGACACGUGUCCAUGGUCUCCACGGUAACUUGACGUGGUCGACAUGUGUCCAUGGUCUCCAGGUAACUUGACGUGGUCGACAUGUGUCCAUACUGUCCACGUAACUUGACGUGGUCGACAUGUGUCCAUACUGUCCACGUAACUUGACGUGGUCGACAUGUGUCCAUACUGUCCACGUAACUUGACGUGGUCGACAUGUGUCCAUACUGUCCACGUAACUUGACGUGGUCGACAUGUGUCCAUACUGUCCACGUAACUUAACGUGGUCGACAUGCGUCCAUGACUUCCAAGGUAACUUGACGUGGUCGACACGUGUCCAUGGUCUCCACGGUAACUUGACGUGGUCGACAUGUGUCCAUACUGUCCACGUAACUUGACGUGGUCGACAUGUGUCCAUACUGUCCACGUAACUUGACGUGGUCGACAUGCGUCCAUGACUUCCAAGGUAACUUGACGUGGUCGACACGUGUCCAUACUGUCCACGUAACUUGACGUGGUCGACAUGUGUCCAUACUGUCCACGUAACUUGACGUGGUCGACAUGUGUCCAUACUGUCCACGUAACUUGACGUGGUCGACACGUGUCCAAGGUCUCCACGGUAACUUGGUGUGGUCGACAUGUGUACAUAACAAGUUUCAUUACCAGCGAUAUGUGAUAAGCUUUCUAUAAUUUUGGAUCGCGCAAAUUAUGAUUGUGUUGUUUUACUUACCAGAAAGAUUCUGUCGGAUUCCCUCCAUAAGCAUGAACGCCGGAUCGAUCGAUUUCGAUUUUUCCUAGGACUGUUUGACUGAAAGGUUAGGGGAUAGUUUCCUUGGUUAAUUAUAAAUUGUUAACUAUAAUAUUAUUGUGUUAGUAUAUAUUUAUCUAUAUGUUGAUUGUAUUAUUAUAUAGUAAUCGAACAAGUCCAUGGAUAGCAUGUAGUACCGGUUCGAACGUUAUUGAUAUUGACAGGGUUUUUUUCUACCGGUAUGCCAGCAACAUUGAUCUACCGUUUACUUGUCUUACAGUUUACACGGGGUGUACUUAACACACUUUGUAUACGUUUUGUUUUGUUUCAAAUAAAAUGUUUCUUUGUAAA